UAGUAUAGUUUGUAAUUGAAGGCAGAUCAACUGUUGCGUUCAAAUUUCAAAAUAACAGCCAGAGAAAGCAACCAGGAAGCGUUAGUGAAGGACGAAGAAAAGAAACUUAAAACAAAUUGCUUUCGGCAGUUCCUAACAGAGGAGAGAACCAGAAAACACUAAAGCAGAGAGUGAUGAGUAACAUAUUCAAGGGGUCGCCGUACCGGCGGCCGAAUGACGUGGAAGCCGGAAGCAGCCGCUCCGCUUACUCCGAAGAUGAAGAUCGUGAGCUUUCCCCUGAUCCCUUUUACAUCCCGAGCACUAAGAAUGCUCCUAUCGACCGCCUCCGCCGCUGGAGGCAAGCUGCACUUGUGCUCAAUGCAUCUCGUCGAUUUAGAUACACCUUAGACUUGAAAAAGGAAGAAGAGAAGAAACAAAUUUUAAGGAAGAUUAGAGCACAUGCGCAAGCUAUACGAGCUGCAUAUCUUUUCAAACAAGCUGGGGAACAAGUAAAUGGAACAAAAAUUCCACCACGAGUUCCCGGCAGUGAUUUUUCUGUUGGACCAGAGCAACUUGCUUCAGUGUCUAGGGAUCACAAUUUUAAUACUCUGCUGGAAUAUGGAGGGGUUAAUGGGCUGGCAGAGUCACUAAAAACAAAUUUGGAGAAAGGUAUUCCAGGGGAUGACUCUGAUUUACUGAAACGGAGGAAUGCAUUUGGUUCAAACACGUAUCCUCAGAAAAAGGGAAGGAGUUUUUGGAGGUUUGUUUGGGAAGCUUGCCAAGAUCUUACUUUGAUGAUUUUGGUGGUAGCUGCUGUGGCUUCUCUGGCUUUGGGUAUAAAGACAGAGGGCAUAAAGGAAGGCUGGUAUGAUGGGGGUAGCAUAGCGUUCGCAGUUCUGCUUGUUAUUGUUGUGACAGCUAUCAGUGACUAUAAACAAUCUCUUCAGUUCCAAAAACUAGAUGAAGAGAAGAGAAACAUACAUUUGGAGGUUGUUAGAGGAGGCAGAAGAGUUGAAAUUUCAAUUUACGAUAUUGUUGUUGGUGAUGUUGUACCCCUCAACAUUGGUGAUCAGGUCCCUGCUGAUGGAAUUCUAAUCUCUGGUCAUUCACUUGCAAUAGAUGAAUCUAGUAUGACAGGAGAGAGUGAUAUUGUUCACAAGGAUGCCAAACAGCCUUUUUUAAUGUCUGGAUGCAAAGUGGCAGAUGGAAGUGGGACUAUGCUGGUAACAGGAGUCGGGAUUAAUACUGAGUGGGGUUUGCUCAUGUCUAAUCUUUCAGAAGACAAUGGUGAAGAAACUCCCUUGCAGGUGCGAUUGAAUGGGGUUGCAACUUUCAUUGGUUUUGUUGGACUCAGUGUUGCUUUUGCUGUUUUGAUUAUCCUUUUAGUUAGGUACUUCACUGGCCACACCGAAGACCCAAAUGGAAGAAAGGAGUUUGUUGCAGGCAAAACAAGUGUGGGUCGUGCUGUAGAUGGAGCCAUUAAGAUUCUCACUGUUGCAGUCACAAUUGUAGUUGUUGCGGUGCCUGAAGGGCUUCCUUUAGCUGUCACCCUAACCCUUGCUUACUCAAUGAAGAAAAUGAUGGCAGAUAAAGCUCUGGUGCGCAGACUUUCUGCUUGUGAGACCAUGGGUUCUGCAACAACAAUUUGCAGUGACAAGACUGGUACCUUGACAUUGAAUCAGAUGACUGUGGUUGAAGCUUAUGCUGGUGGCAGAAAAAUUGAUCCUCCAGACAGCAGUUCGGAGUUGCCUGAUACACUAACUUCAUUACUUAUUGAGAGCAUUGCUGUGAAUGCCAAUGGCAGUGUCUUCACCCCAGAGGGAGGUGCUGUCGAGGUUUCUGGAUCGCCAACAGAAAAAGCAAUUCUUAAUUGGGGAAUAAAGCUUGGUAUGGAUUUUGAUGCUGUUAGGUCUUGCUCGUCUAUUCUAAAUGUAUUCCCCUUCAACUCGGAGAAAAAACGAGGCGGUGUUGCAAUACGAUUGCCGGAUGGUAAAGUUCGUAUUCACUGGAAAGGUGCUGCUGAAAUAGUGUUAGCUGCAUGCACUUCGUAUCUUGACAGUAACGGUGAAACUGUAGCAAUGGACGAAGAAAAGGUGGCCUUUUUUGAGAAGGCAAUUGAAACUAUGGCUUCUGGUAGUUUGCGCUGUGUUGCUAUUGCUUACAGAUCAUAUGAAAGUGAAAAGGUUCCAACUAAUGAAGAAGAGCUUGCUCGAUGGGCUGUACCUGAAGACGACCUUGUUUUUCUUGCUGUUGUUGGUAUAAAGGAUCCUUGUCGGCCUAGUGUCAAAGAAUCAGUGCAGUUAUGCCAAAAGGCUGGUGUCAAGGUACGCAUGGUCACUGGUGACAAUCUUAAAACAGCAAGGGCGAUUGCUUUAGAGUGUGGAAUAUUAUCGUCAGAUGCGGAUGCAUCUGAGUCAAGUCUCAUUGAAGGGAAAGUUUUCCGUUCUCUAACUGAUUCGCAAAGGGAAGAAGUUGCUGAGAAAUUAUCUGUGAUGGGACGAUCAUCACCCAACGAUAAACUUCUGCUUGUCCAAGCAUUAAGAAGAAGGGGACAUGUUGUUGCUGUAACUGGAGAUGGAACCAAUGAUGCUCCUGCUCUACACGAGGCCGACAUUGGUCUUGCAAUGGGUAUUCAAGGGACCGAAGUUGCAAAAGAGAGUUCAGAUAUCAUCAUUUUAGAUGAUAACUUUGCUUCGGUUGUGAAGGUUGUCAGAUGGGGUAGAUCUGUUUAUGCAAAUAUCCAGAAAUUCAUCCAGUUUCAACUUACGGUUAAUGUCGCAGCUCUUGUUAUAAAUGUUGUAGCCGCUGUUUCAUCUGGUGAUGUUCCUCUGAAUGCAGUACAGCUUCUUUGGGUCAAUCUUAUAAUGGAUACUCUUGGAGCAUUAGCAUUAGCUACCGAACCUCCAACCGACCAUCUGAUGCACCGCCCCCCUGUUGGUCGAAGGGAGCCUCUUAUAACUAAUAUCAUGUGGAGAAACUUGCUUAUACAGGCUGUAUAUCAAGUAACUGUCCUGCUCAUUCUCAAUUUUGACGGCAAGAAGAUAUUGCAUCUGGAACAUCAAAGCAGCGAGCAUGCUACCAGAGAGAAGAAUACACUGAUAUUCAAUGCAUUUGUCCUUUGUCAGAUCUUUAACGAAUUCAAUGCUCGUAAGCCGGAUGAAGUGAACAUUUUCAGAGGACUCAGUAAAAACUAUCUGUUCAUUGGGAUCGUGGCAAUAACAGUAAUACUUCAGGCUGUCAUCGUCGAGUUCCUUGGGAAGUUUGCUAAAACCGUGCAGCUUAGCUGGCAGCUAUGGCUGGUAUCGGUUGCUAUUGGUUUCAUCAGUUGGCCACUUGCUCUCAUUGGGAAGUUUAUACCGGUGCCGGAAAAACCUGUCAGCAAGUUCUUUUCGAGAAUUGUUAAACGUCGAAGAAAGGAAAGUAGUCAAAAGCAUGGCGAGUCAAAUGCUGCAUCUUAAAAGACAGUUCCCCCUUCUUUUCGGAAACUGGCCUUAUUUAACACGAAUCCGAUCAUAGACACGGAGAAGUUGAACGACAACGUUUUCGGAUUUCGUUUAACCCCAACUGCUGUGUGUUGAAAUAGAGUCGUGUUCUUAAAUACAUCAAUGUCUUGGUUAGAGCUUGGUGAAUACCGUUAUCAUUUACACCUGUUUAUAUAUUUCCUUCUCGAAAAGAGCUUGUUGAUGGUUUUUCUAUAUUUUGAUUCUUUUAUUUGUUUUUGUUAUGAGAUAGGUACACCUGUACUAUGGCAUUAGUCAUAAAUUUAUGGUUGAACUUUGUUAUUUGAUA